AUGAGCGGCAUCAGCUGGCCGGCCCACUGGACACACUUCAGGUCAAUGAGCGUUGCCGAAUCCCUGGACGAGCAGAUCGUGCUCGUGAUGUGGGCCUACAGGCAGAGCCUGCGGGUCGAGACCUCGGACCACGUCAGGGAGGCCCUGCAGCUCACAGAGGCAUUGUCGCUGCACCUGCUCGGCAUCGCCGGCGAGGCCCUGCGGUGUGCCACCGCCCUGCUGCAGCCCGCCAUGGCCGGGAAGCUGCUGCCUGGCGCCCGCGCCUGCUCGGGCGCCCCCCCCGGCGCCGGCGCGCCCGCGGCUGGGGCCGCGGGAGUCGGCGCGGCGCUGGCCAGGCUGCGGGAGCUGGCGGGGCUGGAGCAGGCUUGCUGCCGCGACGGCGCCCGCUGCUGCGCGGCGUCGCCAGAGGCCUGGCCGCCCGUCGCCGAUCUCAUGCUCGGUCAUUGCAGGCGCGCCGAAGAGCUGUUACAGGAUGUCGCGCCCCUGCAACAGAGAGAAGUCGAGGGCGGCUUCGAGCUGCAGCUGAACCUGAAGAAGUUGCAGCUGAAGGCGAAGCGCCUGGGAGAGGCCAACGUCCUGCUCGCGUCGCAGCUGUCGUGGACUGGGCUCUUUCUGCCGACGCGCCCCCCGCCGCCCGCCGCCUUCGAGGUGAGGUUCUGCUGUGCCUUUCGACACUGGGUGGAGGGCAUCGCCGGCGAGGCGUUCCUGUCCCUCGGGCGGCCGCUGCGCCUGGUCGAGCUCGGCGUGCAGGCCGGGGAGCUGGCGGAGCACCUGCUUUCGCGCUACGACUGGAUCCACUGGACAGGGGUGGACCUCAUGAUCGACGCCGACGGGAACAAGUACGGCUUCGGCCAGAACCGGAGCCUCGACCUGGCAGCAGCCCGAGCCAAGCUCCAGCAUUUCGGCCCCCUGCCGAGGGUCCGCGUGCUCAUGCCGAUGUCCACCUCCCGGGCGGCCCGCCUGCUCCGCCGCGAGGGGGCGCGGGUGGACCUGCUGGUCCUGGACGCCCGCUUAAGCUUCGAGGGCCUGGCGGAGGACGUCCGCGCGUGGCUGCCGCUCCUCGCGCCGGGCGCCAGGCUGGUCGGCCGCUGGGGCGCCGCGGUCGUGGCCGAGUUCAUGAGGUCCGAGCGGCGCCUGCACAGGCUCCGACUGGGCAGCCAGCAGGACGGCGCGCAGUGGACCGUGGACGUGUCGUGA